AUGAUUGAUAUCUGGAGUACACCUGGGUUAAAAUAUUCACUGCUUGGUGUUUUAUGCCAUUUUAUCGACAAGCACUGGAGGUUACAACAGGUUCUUCUUGGUGCUAUUGAUAUGACAGAUGGUCAUACAGCCUCUAAGCAAGCAACGGCUUUAUCGACUCUGUUAGAAAAUAUUCGCCAGAGGACGAAGAAGACAAUUCGAUUUCAGACAGUCUCUGCAGACAACGCAAGUUCUUUUAAGCCAAAAGUCCUAGCACAAGAACUUGCAAAAGGGUCGACAUCCACAGUACAGCCGAUAUAUCAUAUUCGCUGUUUAGCCCAUAUUUUCAACCUUGUUGUUCGAGCGAUUUUUGAGGCUCUUCGAAUUUCGAUGGUAGAAGCCUCUACAGAGUUUGAGCCUUCUACUACUCGAGCUAAAGAUCAAGAGGACUCUGACGAUGAUUUUGAUACUGAAGAUUCUACUGCUGGGGAAAAUCCUUUUGGAGCUGUUAUUCAAAAGAUUCGUGACCUCGCAGUUUCCCUUAAGCUUUCUAGUAAGAAGACGCAAGAGUUUCUCGACCUCCAGAAAUCGACUCGCAUUGGCCAGCGACCACUACGCCUCCUCCGCGAUGUUAAGACAAGGUGGAACUCUACUACACUUAUGUGUCUCCGCGCAAGAGAGCUUAAAACAACGAUUUCAGCUUGGGUUGAAAAGCACUCUCUACAGGAACAAUUCUCUCUUGUGGAGACCGAUUGGGAGGCUCUUGAUAUUCUGCUUGAUAUCACCAGCCCGUUUUUACUCUUUACAAACAUCCUCAGCCGGUUAAAUAACCUUACCCCUGGUCAUACCUUUACUUUAUUACAAGUUGCAACAGUUCACUUGUACUUUUGCGCCUCUGCACUUAAAGAUAAAGUUACUAGCAAAGACUUUACUUGGAUAUCAAUCCUUCAGGCUGCUACGAAAAAGGGCCAAGAGAAGCUGGAAAAAUACGUUCAAAAGCUAAUUGAAGAGGAUUCCUUCAAGGUAUAUGGUAUUGCAACUCUCCUUACCCCUGAAGCUGGGACAUCAGUUUCGAGUACUUUUGACACGCGAUUCCAAUUCGCAAAUUACUUCGAAUACCUUCCUUCUUCAGCCUCACUUCGAACUCGAGUACAGCAAGAAUUUAUCGAGGUAUAUACAAAGCAGUACCAUCAAGAUUCGGAACGCCAUACCAAUACUCAAAAAGCUGCAACUGAAGGACUCCGAUACACUCUGCAUAGUUUACUAUCACGCAGUCCAAAGAAAAGGGGCAAAAUGUCAUCAUCCCAAGACGCACGAAAUAUCUGUAAUGACUUUUUUAAUAUUGUUAUGUUCCCUGAUGAAACUGUUCAGCAAUUUUGGGUCCGCCUAGACAAUAGCUAUCCCAGAUUCCAUGGUAUUUGUCGCAUGGCUCGAGACUUCUUAUCUAUUCAACCGACGUCAAUACCCUUAGAGCGAUCAUUCAGCCUUGCUCGCCAUAUCUGUCACUACGCUCGGUUCAACCUUUCGGCUGAUACUAUUUUUGAUACUUUGACUAUCAAAAUUAGCCAGAAUAAUGAGGCCUGGCUUUCCCAAACCACACUUGAGGAAGUUCCAGAUGACACGAAUAUCACUGAAGCAUCUGAAGAGCGCCAGCAUAUUAUUAGAGAAGCUUUUAACUACUCUUCUCUAUUGGAUAAAGCUGAUAUUCAGAGAUAUCUGAAGGUCUCUGAUGAUCUUACUAAGAUCUCUAUUACUGCUACAGGAGAUGCUCCCUCCCCGCCUCCUUACGAAGUCUCAGUAGAAGAGGAGGAUAUUAGCGAUAGAGAUGAGGAGCUGCCAUCCUUAUCUAGCUCUCAACAGCCAAAACUAUCGAGUCAAGUUUCCCAACUUAGCAACUCACCUACGCCUUCUGUAUCCCAAGAACUCCCAAACUUCUCCGAGCUUGGGGGUCGCAAAAGGAAGAGACUUACUCGGCUAGAUCUUGUCGAACUCUCUCCUGACGAGGAUAGCGAUUAA